AUGGCAGAGUAUCUUACAAUCCCACACCAUAGGUUGUACCACCACCAGGAGAAAAAGAUACAGGUGGUCUUUGACUAUGCUGCAUCUUCUCAAGAGCAGUCUUUGAAUCCAAGUUUGCGGCAAGGACCAGACUUGACAAACACGUUUAUCGACGUCCUCUUAAGAGUCCGUGAGGAACAAGUAGCAAUAAUGGUGGAUAGUUUACCAGGAGGAAGGAUGGCUCUGGACUGUGAGCAGAAGAAGCUACUGUUGAAAACGCUGAUGGAUCUUGGGGAGGACGAUUUCAAGCACUUCAAGUUCUACACAGGCCUGCCUAGAAGGGUACGUAAAAACCCCUGCCGUGUGUACAUUGCUGACAAGCUGGUGAUCAAGCAUGGCGAGAACACUCUGGAUGAGACCAUCAAGAUUCUGGAGAAGAUAGGCAACAAGAACUUGGCCAAGAAGUUGCGUCGCAACAUGCUGGAAAUAAGAGACGCUUUCCAUUAUGAUCGGAUUGCCAUAUUGAAGGAUGACCUGCAAGACAAACUGCGGGGUUUAAACAGCUUUGUUCGUGAGGGCAACAUCGAGCUCUGGCAGAAACGGCCUCUGGCGGACGUCUACACAGAGCUGGACGUCACCUACGGAGCUGACGUCAGCCCCGACGAGCAACACGAGGUCCUUCAGAUGGAGACACGUGCCGCCGCGGCCAAUGAGUCAAUCCUGCCAUGCGACAUCUUCAAAAACCAUGACGGGAAGACCCGCCCGAUACGCACACUUCUCACCAUUGGCUUUGCAGGAAUUGGGAAAACCUUCUUGGUUCAAAAGUUUGUGUGCGACUGGGCCAGCGGGAAUACCAAUCAGGAUGUCCACUUCAUAUUUCCCUUCACCUUCCGUGAGUUGAACAUGGACAAAGGGAAAAGUUUUACACUGGCCAAGCUCAUCCGACGCUACGUUUGCGAGAGUAGGCACAUGAGCGAGGAGACACUGAACAAUAUAUUUGCCGAACUGCAGAUGUCCGGGAAGGAGGACUACGAAAGCAGCGGGAUCAAGAUCUUGUUUGUCUUGGACGGACUGGACGAGUGCAACUUCGAAAUGGACUUGAAGAAUGAUAUUAAAGUAGACAUGGACGUGACAGAAUCCUACCCGCUGGAGAUACUCCUGGCGCUCCUCAUCAAAAGGAACCUCCUUCCCUGCGCCCGGGUUUGGAUCACCACGCGGCCCGCCACGGCCCGCGAUAUCCCCUCCCACCUCAUCGACAGCAGUAUAGAGGUGAGAGGAUUCAGCGAUUCCCGGAGGCUGGAGUACUUCAGGAAAAAGUUCCCAAAUGAGGAGCGUGUCAUUGAGCACAUCCGGAAAACUCGCACCAUCUUCAUCAUGUGCCACAUGCCCAUCUUCUGCUGGCUAACCGCCAAAGUUCUUCAGGAUCAUUUGGAUUUGAAAGGAAAGAAGGAAGAGCUUCCCACGACGCUGACCGACAUGUACUCCCAGUAUAUGUUUCACCAACUGAAAAGCUCAGAGGAGAGACAGAUGACAGACUACAUCCAUGACCUGAAAGCGCUAGCGAAGCUGGCCUUUCACCACACCAUGAACAAGUGUCAGAUCUUCUACGAGAACGACCUGACGGACAGUGGCUUUGAUUACAGCCAAGCCGCAAAACAUUGUGGAAUAUUCACCGAGGUGUUUAAGGAGGUACGUCCGCUCAAAAGAAACCAACAGAGCAAGAUGUUUCAGUUCGUCCACCUGACCGUCCAGGAGUAUCUGGCAGCAUUCCACGUGAUGAUUUGCCUCUUCCUCGAGAACAAGAACAUUCUGGCUGAUUCAGAGCUAGCACUGGAGGGUAUUUUCCAAGAGGAAGAAUCAGAAGAACCAGAAGAACCAGAAUCAGAGGAAGAAGUCGAAAGGGAAUCAGAAGAUGAAGGAAAAGGUACAGAGGAAGAAGUUGAAACAGAAUCAGAACAUGAAGACGAUGAAGGUGGUUGGAAAAUCACUGAGGUCCACUGGUUUGCCCUGAAGAGAGCCUCAGAGAGUGGAGGAAAUCUGGACCUGUUCCUCCGCUUCCUCUGUGGCCUUUCCUUGCCGUGCAACCAAGAACUAGUGGGGGAACUGCUGAAGGCUCCCCAGGACUGCAGGCAAAGCAAGUCAUGGACAGUCAAGUUGAUCAAGGAAAGGAUAAAACGGAACCCUCCGGAGAAGAAUAUCAACUUGUUCUACUGCUUAAAUGAGCUGAAGGACGACUCCUUGCUGAAGCAGGUCCAGAGAAAAAUGGAGUCAAAAUGUAUUGACUGGGACAACAUGCCAAAUGACAUGUGGUCUGCCCUGGCUUUCUUCUUACUGACAGACAACGAAACCAUGAAGUCCUUUUACCUGAGGAAAUACGUCCCAUCGCCUUUGGGGCUCAAGAAGCUGUUGGUGGUGGUCAAGGCUUCUCAAAAAUCAGUUCAAACUUUUUGUCACCUGGACAAACGCAGCUGUCACCUGCUGGCUUCCGUUCUCAGCUCUCCAUCCAACGUGAGGCAUCUGGACCUGAGCUGGAACGAUCUGUCGGACGACGGGGUGGAGAUCCUCUCGAAAGGACUGGCCAGUCCACGCUGCAUCUUACAAGUCCUCAGGCUGGCAAACUGCGGAAUCACGAAGGGAGGGUGCGUUUUUUUGGCUGAGGCUCUCCAGUUAAACCCCUCCCGUCUUCAAGAGCUGGACCUGAGCUCCAACGAUCUGUCGGAUGAGGGGGUGGAGAUCCUCUCAAAAGGACUGGCCAGCCCACACUGCAUUUUACAGGUCCUCGAUCUAUGGAAUUGUAAGCUGGGAAAAGGCAGCUGUCACCCGCUGGCUUCCGUUCUCAGCUCUCCAUCCAACCUGAAGCAUCUGGACCUGUCCGAGAACGAUCUGUUGGACGAAGGUGUGGAGAUCCUCUCGAAAGGACUGGCCAGCCCAAAAUGCAUCUUAGAAUCCCUCGAUCUACAUGAUUGUCACCUGGAAAAAGGCAGCUGUCACCCGCUGGCUUCCGUUCUCAUCUCUUCAUCCAACCUGAAGCAUCUGAACCUGUACGAGAACGAUCUGUCGGACGAAGGGGUGGAGAACCUCUCGAAAGGACUGGCCAGUCCACAAUGCAUCUUAGAGUCCCUCGAGCUGUCAUCGUGCAAGAUCACCAAUAAAGGAUGUGUUUUUUUGGCCGAGGCGCUCAAGUUAAACCCCUCCCAUCUUGAAAAGCUAUACCUGAUGGACAAUCAAAUAGGAUAUGAAGGAGAGAGGGUCUUAUUGGACGUCCAACGGGAUCCCAGCAAUCGCCUGAACACUCAGGCAGCGGGGGUGAUUGUCUUCACCGAUCGUCCAGCCCCCGGCGGCGAGCGAGUUUCGGCUCGUUGUUCUGCUGGGGCCCCGGCGGGCAGGCAGUGCUCGUCGCCGGGGACGCAGAGGGGAAUGAAUGCCGAAAAUAGAGCAUUCUCAGGGGACAAACAGACCGACGUCGGCGCGCGUGGCUGUCCAAUGCCAAGCCGAGGAUAG